AUGGGCACACCUUCCGCAGUCGUAGAGGAGCUGCAACUGCACGCGUCGGACGGCGCUACCGUCGCCGCGUUUCUUGUUCGAUCGCAGCCGCACCGCCCAUCACGCACCGCCGUCGUUCUCAUGACCGACAUUCUUGGCUACGAGAAUCACGAAACUAGGGCCGUAGCGAUGUUGCUUGCGGCGCACGGGUUUACUACGAUCGUCCCAGACCUGUUCCGCGGGAACCCCUGGGUACAGGGCCGUGACAAGUCCGAGUACGAAUCCUGGAGGAGGACGCACGACCCUGCCACUGUGCGAGGAGACAUACUGCUCGCGCGACAGGCUCUGACGGAGCGAUCCCUGGGCACAUCUCUCGGUCUUGUUGGUUUUUGCUUCGGAGGCGGCCGUCUCAUGGAGGAGGUUGCUCUCAAUACCAGCGGUCUCAACCCAGACGCGGCUGUGGCGUUCUAUCCAACACGUUUCGAUCCGGAGGAUGUUGGCCGCAAUGCUCAUUGUCCCCUUCUCGUGCAAACCGGUGACCGCGAUGAUUUAGUCCCGGUGUAUGUGGUAAACACCCUUCGCGAGACGCUCCAGGCCAAUGCUUCUGUGAAGGAGUGGAACGUAGAAGUGUAUGAGGGCUUCGGCCAUGCGUUUGCUCACCACCCAAGCAGCGAAGCAGACAAAGCGCAGUCUGAGGUUGCAUUCGCCAGGGCUCUGGCAUGGCUCAAACGUCAUCUGUAGGCUAAAUCCGUCAACGUCUGGCCCAGGAUGAUUCAUUUACAAAUGCUACACAACGCAAUCUGCUACUGCCGGAUGACAUCGUUAUCUUGCGGGUUUCUUCUUAGGUAGACGGGGAUGUAUGAGCACGUGGGGAUCGCCUGGAACCCCUUCUCACGUACUGUUGCGAGAGCGAAUUUCACGAGCUUGCCGGCGACCCCUCGGCCGCGCAUGGACUCCGGCACUCUAGUGCUGUACAUGUCAAACACCGUCGCCCCGUCUAUCUCCUGCACUCUGUAUCGCAAAACGGCUGGCUCGUCAAUGCCCUCAAAAGCAAGGACGAAACGGUUCUGCGCUUCCCGAUGCUCGACCUCCAUGGUCGCGCUUGCAGAGAUUCCGCGAGUGGACACGCUGCGUCGAACAGAAGGGGCCGGCUGCUUCAAGAUGACGGACGGUCGCGAGUAGAUGAACGGAUUUUCGAACGGCGCGUUCUUGCACAGACUCGAGGUAAACGGAAGCUGGUUUCUUUGUUGCCGAUGAGCAGCGAACCUACAGAAUGUGCAUAAGAACCUCAGCUGCGCAAUUGGGUUAAAAUACAAAAAGCGGCUAUCAUCAGAGGCUUGAUUCAACGGAAAGAAUAAAGAGGCCGCUGGAUUGCGCAUACCCUACCUGUGUCCUUGAUGUGACGAAUGCAACGCUGUGUCGCAUCAAACUGCUUCGUGUGUACCCUUCGAAGGGUACAUCGAGAAAAUGUGCCG